GUUGUCAAAAUUAUGUUCAAAACCUUAAACAUUUUUUUUCUCGCGGGUAAUUUGUUCCUCCGAAUAAUGCAAUUUUGAAUAUGUCUAAUGCAGUAACCUCAUCAACUCGAAAGGAUAGUGACUCCUCUCAAAUUUCCCAAUCAUUUCGCGAUCAGAAACAAAUCGAGGCAUUUAUUCGACGAAAACAUUUUAUCAAAAUAAUUGAAGGCGCAGUCGAACAAUUUACGAAAAAGUAUAGCGAGGGCAAGAAACCGGAAGAUGCUCUAGGCACUUUACUGGUGCCCCUAUGCCUUGAAUACGCCGAUUUCAUACACAAUAGUGGCAAUAUUGAUCUGCUGCAUUUGGCUGUGGAAGAACCACUACAAUUUUUAAACGCCGCUAAAUAUUGCGUAUACGCACUUGUUCGAGAUCUUAUUAAACUAUCUGGAAGUACAGAAGAGCGUGGCGCACUUAAAUCCAUAGAUAUUGAUCAGGUGCAUCUUCAGCUUCGUUUCGUCGGUUUGCCGCUUCAGGAAGAUUUGCACUUUGCACACUUUAGAAAUCGCUGGCUGCCAGGGCUUUCGUGGGCAACGGGAAUUUUGUCGGCAAUUUCUGAACCUCAGUCGGCAAUUUUACAAUCGACAUGGUUUUGUGCGACCGGAUGUAACCGGAAUAGAAUCAAAUCCGACUCAACAGAUGCGCCUACUUGCAACAUUUGUGGACGUCAGAUGAACGAGUAUACAAAAUUACGUGUAACUGAAAAUUAUCAUCUUCUGCGCAUACUCCCAGCUUGCGGCAUCGAAACCCCCAGAGUUGUGAAUAAGAUUUUUCGUGCACUCACUGUGCAGGCCCGAGAGCACGUUCACGAUUGCGAUCUGCGUCUGGGUAACAGAUAUAUUGUUAUAGGCUACUACGAUUACACACGCGCUGGUCAACUGUUUCAAGCAUGGAGCGUAACGACACAUUAG